AUGUCCUUUGGUCCUCGCGAUGCGGCCACCGUAUCAGAAAGCAAGAUCAAUAGACAGCGAGAAGGGUUGAGAGAUCCGGAUUCGUCACGGUCUGACCGCGCCGGAGUAGCAGAAGGCAACGCCGCCUUGAAGGCACCAGCCUCAUGUAAUGAAGGGAAAUACAAUGAUGAGCUUUGCCAAUCACACGUCGCUUCUGAGUACAGUGUAUCUGAUGCAUCUGAUGAUUCGAUGAACUCGAACAAGAGUGAAUACACCCCGCCAGAGAGCCCUGGACCAGAACCGCCGCCAGUCGAGGUAACAAAGAUUGCGGAACUAUCGCUGGAAGAUAAUGUUCGAUCAACGGCGCCCUCGAUUGCUUGUGAACAGAACCCCAAGACCAGUCAUGGAAAUUCGGUCAAACGACCUGCUAGUGAGGACUUGUCGCGUGAUCAUGAUGGACAGUCAUCAGGCAGCAAAGCAAUGUGUGCCAGUCGGAUCUCUGGCCCACAGUCGCCGUCGAAGAGAUCGCCCCCAAGACGUAGAUCACCUCGCAAGUCACCAAGCAGAUCUAGACGUUCCGAAAAACAUGAUGACGGAGCCAACAUGCCUGGGCGACUUCCCAGCUUACAUGAGACCAAGCAGUCCCGUCAGGACUCGGGGUACAUCUCGCGGAAAACUACGAUGUUGCAGACAUGGGAAGCAGCUUCGAAGGAGAAGUCCAAUCCUGUACAACCAAAGCUCGCCGCCACGGCUGUCACCCGAAAGCAGCCAAAUCACGUGCCAACCAUGACCAUCCCAAUACCCAAGCAGACGACGAUCAUCACUGUACCACAGAAAGCACGCUGGCCAGGACUUAUACUGCAGCCCGACAGCUCCACCAUCUCCGAAGAUCAGCUCACAGCAGAGAUUAAGGGUAUCUACGCUGGGCUAGUGAUCGUCGAAGCCAAAUGCAUCAACAUCGAUAAGGCCCAGGCCUCCGACCUCUCGAUGGUGCUUGACGCAAGCCAGUGGCAGGCACUAAUUGCGUUGCAUCGUACACUGCUGUACGAGCACCAUGAUUUCAUGAUGGCCACGCAACAUCCGUCUGCUACUCCAGCGCUUCGUGCGUUGCCAGUCAAGUACAGCAUGCCAGCCCGGAUGUGGAAGCAUGGCAUACAUGCCUUUCUCGAAGUGCUAAGGCAUCGUAGGCCAGAUUCGCAGGACUAUAUGAUGUCUUUCAUAUAUCUGGCUUACCAAAUGACAACGCUGCUGUACGAGACUAUUCCCAUCUUCCUUGAUACUUGGAUAGAAUGCUUAGGAGACUUGGCUCGGUACAGAAUGGCCAUCGAAGAAGACAGAGAACCACACGCGCAAUGGGGUGCCGUGGCGGCGUCAUGGUAUCUCAAAGCGUCUGACAGGCAUCCCCAGGUGGGUCGCUUGUACCAUCACCUGGCGAUACUUGAGCGUCCUAGCCUGCGCAAGGUAGCAUGCUACGGGAAGUCUUUGACUUGCGUUGUGCCAUUCGCUAAUGCCAAUGACUCACUUCGGACGCUAUACGGGCCAUUGGCGCAGCAGUCGCAUCUGACACAAUCACCGCGGAUUCUGGCCGAAGCCUGCUUUUGCAAACUGCAUGCGGUGAUCUUCCUCGCCAAGGAUGAUCGGACUAUCAGGGACGCCUCGGUCGAGGCCCUUGGUUUCCUGCAGCAGCCGAAGACAUUUUCAUGGCGGGACUGUGGAUCCUCCUUGGCAGUGGCCAAUAUCUCGCCGCUCCUCAUGUUUGGCGCGGCUACUAAUCCGCUCCGGAUGGCGUUUGACGUAGCGAUACGGAAUAGAUUGCAACGAAGCGAGACUCCUACUCAAACCAAUGCGACAAGUUUUGACAGCAUCGUCGGACCCAUCAACAGCAAUACAGAUGAGACUCGACGACAGCUUAGCUGGUCGAAGGACCUGCUACUGGCUUCUGUUCAUACGGCUAUGCAGUGUCCCCCAGGCACGGCGGCAUUUUCAAAGGAUAGCAUGGCGUUCAGGGAUACAAUUGCUUUCGUUGGCGUUAUGAUGUGUUUUCUUUCAUCCCUAUCUUGGCUUUAUGGUGAGAUGGCAGUGGAAGCAGGAUCAAGUGUUCCCUUACCCCUCCGCAUGGAAGAUGUUGCGUGGCCGUUGGUGGCCACCUACCUCAAUCGUUUGGCACGCUUGUAUCCCAUCACGAUCAACAUAAUUCAGUGUGCGCAGCAAGGUGUGUGGCCAGAGAAGGCUGGUGUGGCAAAGCCAUUACCCGAGGAUUGGAUGAUACGAGGACUCGUAUGGACGUUCUGGGAAUUCUGCCCGGGGUGGUUCAUCCUGGACGAGGAUGAGGAGUGGCCCCGCUCUAUGGACGCAGCUGGUGCUGAAGCAAGAGCGAUGAGACCCCUUUACUACGGACUACGUAUAGUAUUCCAAACGUCUUACCUUGCGUACGAGGCUAAGGGACGUGGCUUCUGGACCGACAUGAAGAUGCCAACUCCCACGAGCCUAGAGCUUGAUGUUACGUCAUCAGUGAAAACUGAAGCACCUCUCAGGGCUCUGGACAGGUCAACAACGACGUUCGCGGGAUCUCCAUCCCUAGAAGGCGAUUUUGUGCACGUACGCCGUCCUUCGAAGCCAUCGCAAGCAGCAACAGCAAGAACAUAUGCAUCAGUGGCCAAGGCGAGUCCAAAGGUAAGCAAAAAUAACAAUACAAAAAAGAGGCAGACAUACGAUGAUGUGAAAGUGUUCGAUUCCGAGGCGUCAGAUUAUGAGGUUGCGGAGGCAUGA